UCCUGGACGACGCAGAUACGGAGGUGGUCGAGAUGACCCUCUCUGUGCUUGGCAAGAUGCUGGAGCAGAGGGACGUGGCAAUUGCUGGCCCUGUCGUCGUGCAGCUGUCUGAGAAGCUGCAGCCGCUCUUUGACAACGUAAGGCUUUGUGCCCCCCAGCACGAGCACUGGAUGCUGCCAGGAAACUUUGCGCCCUGUAGCUUUUCAGCCCGUGCCCGGGCGGGCCUGAGGCAGCCGGUGCUGAGCUCUUGCCCUCUUCCUUGCCAACAGGAGUCCGCCUCCAUCAAAGUUCUCUCCUUCAAACUCUUCCGGGACGUGAUGGAGCUUUUAGUGGCAGUGGACAGGAAGGCAACAAAGAGACAGGUGCGCCGGAACCUGCUGCCGCUGCUCUUCCACGUCUAUGAUGAGAACCAGCCUGUGGCAGAGGUGAGGAUUUUGGCGCUGCUGGGGUUCCCGUGGGAGGUUGCUGGGCUGCCUCCUGCCCCGGUGCCUCAUGAAGCGCAGGGUUCCAGGUUCCUCCUGGCCUCGGCUCCCGAGCAGCAGCUCUGGGAGCCCUCUCUCCUGCCGCCCGGCAGCACCGGCUGCCCGAGAUGGAGGUUGCCCCAGUGCUCUGCCCGGGCAGCGAAGCCGCCGGCAGACGCGUUCCCCAGCUGCUGCCCCUUCCCAGCAGGGCCCAAGAAGGACCCUCAGCCUUGCCCAGGGGAGGGGAUGCGGGUCCUGUGCCCUGGGCAGCGGUGCCAUCUCCCAGUCUCUGCUGCUCUGCAGGCCUCCCGGGAAACCCUGCUUCAAGCCACCGAGCUGCUGAAGCUGAGGAAGCUGAGGAAGAAGCUGAAGAGCGGGCAGAUCUACAAGUUGGGCAAGUGCCUGGUAAGGAUGGCCCCGCGCUGGCAGAGGCAGGCAGGACAAGGCCCUGCCCCGGUGCCCGGUGUGUGGGGCUGUCAGCUGUGCCCGUGCCCACUGCCGCAGCCCAUCGCCCCCGGGCUGCACCCCGCGCAGCCCCCCUUCCCCCGGCCGUGCAGCCCUGCGGGCCCUUCUCCGGGCUCCUGUCCCUCGCCGAGCCCAGGGGUGCCGAUGGAAGCCUGGCUCUGCGGGGCUUUGGCAGCAGGGUGGCUGCGCAGCUCCCCGGGGAGCACCAGCCCUGCGCUCCCUGCAAAGCACUGGCUGGCUGCUGGCUGGGAGCGGUGGGUGUCCUGGCGGGAGAGGCCAGUCCUGGGGACAGGGGCGGCGCGGCCAAGGCGGGGAAGCUGUGCUGAUCUUUCCCCAUGUCCGCUUGCGCUCUCUCCAGCUGGCAGAGGACAGGAGCAGAAGAGAAGAUUACCUGUACCAGGCCCUGCCGUACCUGCAGAGCCCCCAGGAGUCCCUGCGAGAGGCGGCCGUCGUGUUUUUUGGGCACCUUGGUCGGAGCGUGAGGGGACAGCCGGAAGAGCAGCAGACCAUCUACCAGGGCCUCGAAUGCAUGACAAACGACAUCAGCCAAUCCGUCUCAGACUUAGCAGCUGAUACCCUGUUUGUCCUGAGAAGUGAAGAAAGCAAUCGUACCUUUCGAUACAGGCUGCAGGUGCUACGAGGGUGGCUCGAGAGGAUGUGGAGGAGAUGAACUUCUCUCCCUGGU